UGAAAGCUAACAUGGCUUUCCUCUAAACAGUACAGGAAGUCACAAAGUCCACCUAUGGAUGAGGAGUAAUUCUGUUUCCAGUGUUGGGGAAAACUGAACUGUGGUCAGAGCAGCAGAAACAUUGCAGAACAUUAUAUCUUACAGUCUUCCUUGUGAAUUCCACCACUUCACCCACACCUUCAGCAUGAGCGGCCUGCUAGGGAAACUGGACCCUCGCAGGAUACAGCUGGGCUCAACAUGGAACACCUUCACAUCCCGUGUCCUGAGGACCAAACCCGUGGAGUCGAUGUUGGAUUCAGCCAUGACGGGCACCAGCUCGCACGGGACCAGACUGGCCCGGGUCUUAUCCACAGUGGACCUGGUGUCGCUAGGGGUUGGCAGCUGCGUCGGGACGGGGAUGUAUGUGGUCUCGGGGCUGGUUGCCAAGGAGAUGGCUGGACCUGGGGUGAUUGUGUCUUUUAUUAUCGCUGCUGUGGCGUCCAUACUGUCAGGAGUGUGUUACGCAGAGUUUGGAGUACGUGUGCCAAAGACCACAGGUUCAGCCUACACAUACAGCUAUGUGACGGUGGGGGAGUGCGUGGCCUUCUUCAUAGGCUGGAACCUGAUUCUGGAGUAUCUGAUUGGCACAGCAGCAGGGGCGUCAGCUCUCAGCAGCAUGGCAGACUCUCUGGCCAAUCACACCAUCAGCAACUUCAUGAUUUCACGCAUCGGAACGCUCAACGGCCUGGGUAAAGGAGAACAGGCCUACCCAGACCUGCUGGCGCUGCUAAUAGCACUGUUGGUGACGGUGAUCGUGGCUUUAGGAGUGAAGAACUCUGUGGGCUUCAACAACGCGCUGAACAUCAUCAACCUCAUUGUAUGGGUGUUCAUGAUGAUCGCUGGACUGUUCUUUGUCAACGGAGAGAACUGGGACGAAGGAAGGUUCCUGCCUUUUGGGUGGUCAGGGGUGAUGCAGGGUGCUGCCACGUGUUUCUAUGCCUUCAUUGGAUUUGACAUCAUUGCCACAACAGGAGAGGAGGCCAAGAGUCCCAACACCUCCAUUCCCUAUGCUAUCACUGCCUCACUCAUCACCUGUCUCACUGCCUAUGUCUCUGUCUCUGUGAUCCUAACAUUAAUGGUUCCGUACACUGAAAUCGAUGCCGACGCUCCACUGAUGGAAAUGUUUGCCGUGCACGGCUGCAUGUUUGCAAAAUACAUUGUUGCUGUUGGAUCUAUAGCUGGACUCACUGUCUCUCUGCUGGGGUCCCUGUUCCCCAUGCCCAGGGUCAUCUAUGCCAUGGCAGGAGACGGCCUGCUCUUUAAGUUCCUGGCCCAUGUGUCCUCGUACACAGAGACCCCUGCUGUCGCCUGUGUGGUGUCAGGCUUUCUGGCAGCCCUCCUGUCCCUUCUGGUCAGCCUCAGAGACCUCAUAGAGAUGAUGUCUAUAGGAACUUUGCUGGCUUAUACUCUAGUCAGCCUCUGUGUCCUCCUCCUCCGUUACCAACCUGAGGGUGACAUCCACGGCUUUGUGAACUUCCUCUCUGAGGAGCAGAGCAAGAAGAAAAAGGAAGGCAUUUUAGCCGAGUGUGAGAAAGACGCCUGCUCACCAACCAGCGAGGCCGACGAGUAUGGCGGUCCGCCCACGAACACCUGCGGAGCCAAAAACCUGCCGUCCCUCGGAGACAACGAGAUGCUGAUCGGCAAACCGGACAAGAACGCGUACACUGCCAGCCACCCUAACUACGGCACAGUGGAUAUGACCACGGGUAUCGAAGCAGAGGAGUCAGAGGGGGGGCUGUCCCGGCGGCUGAAGAAACUGAUCGGACCACGCUACUACACACUGAGGAUACGGCUUGGCCUGCCUGGAAAAAUGGAUCGGCCAACUCAGGCCACAGGGAAAACCGUCACUGUGUGUGUGCUGCUGCUCUUCAUCUUUUUCUUUGCUUUCUGUUCCUUCAUUAUUUUUGGAGCGAGCUGCAUCGAACAGGGUCGUUGGUGGGCUUUGCUGCUAUUAAUUGUCCUCGUCAUCGUCAUUGCCCUGCUGAUUGUCAUCAUCCUUCAGCAGCCAGAGAACCCCAAGAGGCUGCCCUACAUGGCGCCCUGUGUGCCAUUUGUACCUGCUUCAGCCAUGCUGGUCAACAUCUACCUCAUGCUCAAACUGUCUGCCAUCACCUGGAUACGAUUUUCAAUCUGGUGCCUCGUGGGCGUUCUCAUCUAUUUCGGCUAUGGCAUGUGGAACAGCACGCUGGAGAUCACAGCCAGAGAAAACGAGGUGCAUGCCUCCACCUACCAGCGCUAUGAUCAGGGUGUGGAUGAAGGAUUCUGUGGCUUUGACGAUGACUUCUAUCCGCCUAGCACCGACACUUGGGGUGCACCGGAGGGGGGCUCAGAACUGACCGCCCCUCCUAAGGCCAAACCUGAAAGUGAUGGGGUUUCAUCGAAAGACGGAGGCAGAACCGUUGCUGAUAGUGGCCUUGCAGAGGAGGACCCAAUGGAUUUCUGAAGGGACUGACUUUCUGUUACCUUGAAUGUACUGCCUUGUCUGCUUGUGGGGGAAGGGAGGAGAACCGUGUGAGUGCACGACUGAUUGUGUGCGUGUGUGUGUGUGUGUGUUUGCAUGCCUGCACGUGUGUGUAUUCCUUUAGCUAUCAAACCCUUGGGCUAGAUUGUUUUUGUUUGCGAGGAACAGUUUGUUUUCGCCACACCGCUCCCACACAAGUAAGGACAUCAAGGCCAGGAGUGUCUCGACACAUUCCCACAUCAUUCAGUCACUUGACUCAACUUCCCACACAAAGUAAGGUCAGCUAGAACGGUGCUGAUAAAACAAGAGAUAAGAGAUAAUUGUGUAUCAUUGCACUGUGAAGAAAUGACAUUCUGUACUGGACAAGCUUUAAAUGUGUUUAGCUGGGAGUUAUGGGACGCAGGAGAGAAGAGAGGGAUGAGACGAGGCAGAUGAAUCAGCACCUCUCUUCCUGUUUCAGCAGACAGACAGGAAAGUUUGAUGACAGCAUGUGAAAAUCCUUUCCUUUAGCAAGGUUUUAUUUUCUCCGUCAUCAUUUUGUCAAAAGUCGAGGAACCUAAAUACUCUUUCAAAAAGCUUUCCUCAAAAUAGAAAACAAUAGUUUUUGUUUAAAGCAUCUAGCCCAAGGGAUUGAAAAAAGGAUUUGGAAAAGGGUUUUGAUGUUUUUUUGUGACAACUCGUUCUUGGACUUUGCUUGCAAUAGUGCCUUCAUCUACUGUGUGUCAGUUUGUGGUUCUGUCUGUUUUUUACUUUCAUUUUGCCUGCAUAUGUGUGGUGUCGGCUCGGUGUGCACUAAAACUCCACCUUUACAUCCAUUAUACUGUCCAUGUUUGUAUAUAAAGUAGGCUCUUCAAAACUUU